AUGUUGGCUAUUGUGAAAUCGAUGCUUGCUACGAGGCUUCUCUAUUUCCAAAGCAGCCACAUUGGCAUUGCCAUUCCAUUACCAUUGAUGGUCCUCCCAACUGGUACUGUCUUCUUGUACCAGUUACUCAGUCCUGUCCUAACCAACUAUGGCCAGUGCAGCGAGACCGUCUACAAGUAUCUCACUGCCACUCUUGUUGGUAUGUGUGGCUUGUCUUGCUUCAUUACUUCAUUCACUGACAGUUAUGAAGAUAAUGGGAAAACCCACUACGGGUUUGCAACAACAGCCAAAGAUAAACUUUGGCCCUCGCCUAAGGACAAGAAAGUCAAAGUCGAUCCACUUGGCUUUAAGGACUUUGUUCAUGGCUUCCUUGCCGUGUUUGUGUACGGGGUUAUAGUGUGUUUGGAUAGAAAUACCGUGGAUUGCUUCUAUCCAUUGUCCGAGUCCCAGCAUAGGGCUUUGCUCGUGGUGCUUCCUCCGGUUGUUGGUGUGAUUUCUAGUGUGGUUCUCUUGAUAUUUCCUAACAAUCGUCGUGGAAUCGGAUACCUUUCUUUAAGUAAAUCUUCAAAUGAUUCCAACUCUGGUGCCGAAGGAAGUCUAAGGGAAAGUUUGGUUCACUGUAUAUAG